CCGGAGGAUGACGAUGAAUCUUUCUGCACGACGUGCACUGAAUCUCACAGUCGCUGGCCGCAAUAAAUGUGCACCAUACGGCUGUGCCAUGGCAAUUUUACUACACCCGAAGAAACACCGCGAGCCAGUGACCCAUACUUGGAACCUGUCUCUACCUCACCCAUAAACGUGCACACGUCCGACGAUGUCAAGAAUAUCAGACAUUGAUCUGGAUGAAAUCUACGAAUUUGCUGUGGUUCUUGGCAAGCGAGCUGGCAAACUCCUGGACGAUGGCUGGCGAGAUCGAGCUGCGGGUCGCCAUGAUCUGGAGCACGUCGAAAAAGCCAACGCCGUGGAUAUUGUGACGAAGACAGAUGAAGACGUUGAGGCUUUCAUUAAAACGGAGAUCACGAGCAGAUUCCCGACCCAUCAGUAUGUCUCUGAAGGACGCACCACCCCACGGAGAAUGGUGACACUGAUUAAGUCCGAGCUUUGUCGGCGAAGAGUCUUACAGCAAAGGCUCCUCGAAGGACUAUUUGAUCGGUAAAGAGCCGACCUGG